AACGUGCCACAGCUAGCGAGAGUAGAAGUGAUAAGCAAACAAGUUUGCCACUGCUCAGCACCUGGCCGUUAGCGCAGCCAUGAAGGUAGAGCGCGACCUCCACAUGAGCCGGGGCAACGGCGAGACCAGCUACGCCUCCAACUCCAGGCUUCAGGAGAAGUCCAUACUGAAGACGAGGCCCGUGCUCCACGAGGCCGUGGCGGCGGCGCACGCGGCGUCGCUCUCCUCCGCCGCCGGCGCGAUGGUCGUCGCGGACCUCGGCUGCUCGUCGGGGCCCAACACGCUCCUCGUAGUCAACGAGGUGCUCGGCGCGGUCGCCGACCGCCGCGAGGACCUGAUGAUGGGCGGCCAGCAGCCGCCGGUGGUGCAGCACGUGCAGUUCUUCCUGAACGACCUCCCCGGGAACGACUUCAACCUCGUCUUCCAGUCCCUGGAGCUGUUCAAGAAGCUGGCCGCCGCCAAGGAUAAGGGCGAGUCCCUGCCGCCGUACUACAUCGCCGGGCUCCCGGGGUCCUUCUACACCAGGCUCUUCCCCGACCGCUGCGUCCACCUCUUCCACUCCUCCUACUGCCUCAUGUGGCGCUCCAAGGUUCCUGAUGAGCUCGCGAGAGGCACGGUUCUGAACGAAGGCAACAUGUACAUCUGGGAGGCCACGCCGCCCUCGGUGGUGAAGCUGUACAGGAAGCAGUUCCAGGAGGACUUCUCGCUGUUCCUCAAGCUGCGUCACAAGGAGCUCGCGUCGAACGGACAGAUGGUGCUGACGUUCCUGAGCAGGAAGAACAAAGACGUGACGCAUGGCGAAGUCAGCUACAUGUGGGGGCUGCUCGCGCAGGCUCUCCAGUCCCUAGUCAAACAGGGCCGUGUGGAGAAGGAGAAGCUGGACUCCUUCAACCUGCCGUUCUACGCGCCGUCGGUCGACGAGGUGAGGGACGUGAUCAGGCAGAGCGAGGCGUUCGACAUCAACCACAUCCAGCUCUUCGAGUCCAACUGGGAUCCCCAUGACGACCUGGACGACGGCGACCUCGUGCUCGACAGCGCCCAGAGCGGCGUCAACGUCGCCCAGUCCAUUAGGGCCGUGAUCGAGCCCCUGAUCGCGCACCAUUUUGGCGACCACAUCCUCGACGAUCUCUUCGAGGUUUAUGCAAGGAACGUCGCCAAGCACCUCCAGAAAGUGAAGACCAAGUACCCUGUCAUCGUCGUUUCCUUGAAGGCGAGACGCGCGCCAAAGUGCCAUGCGAAUGACAGGUGUCACUCGUUCACACACGGUCAGUUUGUGUAGGAUCUGGUGUCAAUGUUACUUCUACUAUAUACAGCAAAUUAAAGUGCAGAGAAAUAAGACGAGGUUGUUGUAUAUCGAUAUAAGAAAAUAAUGAAGUAGUUAAAGGGACUGUCAGUGGCAGAGAAUAGUUCCUCAACUACGUCCUUUGGAUUUAUAAGAUGGUUCAGUGUUCCAAAAAGUCGAUGUAUGUAUCCCGGUAGAUAUGUCCUGUAAUCUUAUGUGGAAUUGAAGCAAAUACGUUUCGAUGAUUUGGGUCUA